CAGAAGGGGUGAGCGGGGGCGGGCGAGCCAGCAGCGCGCCGGAUCCGCGGCGCUGCGCGAUGCUGCUGCCGGCGGCGCAGCCCUGAGCCCCGGCGCGGCUCGGCCCGGAGCGGGCACCCAGCGCGGCGGCGGCUGCGGCGGGGGGCGGCGGGGGGCGGCGGCCGCGCCCCCGGCGCGGAGACAAAGCCGGGGCCGAGCGCUGGAGGCGAGCGGUGGGGCCGGCCCCGCUCCGCGCACAGGCGGGAGGCUGCGGCUGGAGCUGAGCUGACUUCGCCGGCGGCCCCUCCCCACCCCGCGGCGAGGCUGUAGCCAGAAAGCACUGCCCGGGACCAUGGGGAGCAGCAAGAGCAAGCCCAAAGACCCCAGCCAGCGCCGGCGCAGCCUGGAGCCCACCGACAACACCCACCACGGGGGCUACCCGGCCUCGCAGACACCCAGCAAGGCAGCCGCUCCUGAUGCCCAUCGCACCCCCAGCCGCUCCUUCGGGACCAUGGCCGCUGAGUCCAAACUCUUUGGAGGCUUCAACACCUCUGACACGGUCACCUCGCCGCAGCGUGCCGGGGCACUGGCUGGUGGAGUCACCACCUUCGUGGCCCUCUACGACUACGAGUCCCGGACCGAAACAGACUUGUCCUUCAAGAAAGGAGAGCGCCUGCAAAUCGUCAACAACACGAGAAAGGUGGAUGUCAGGGAAGGUGACUGGUGGCUGGCUCAUUCCCUCACUACAGGACAGACGGGCUACAUCCCCAGUAACUAUGUCGCGCCCUCAGACUCCAUCCAGGCUGAAGAGUGGUACUUUGGGAAGAUCACUCGCCGGGAAUCCGAGCGGCUGCUGCUCAACCCCGAAAACCCCCGAGGGACCUUCCUGGUCCGGGAGAGCGAGACCACGAAAGGUGCCUACUGCCUCUCCGUCUCCGACUUUGACAACGCCAAGGGGCUCAAUGUGAAGCACUACAAGAUCCGCAAGCUGGACAGUGGUGGCUUCUACAUCACCUCCCGCACCCAGUUCAACAGCCUGCAGCAGCUGGUGGCCUAUUACUCCAAACACGCUGACGGCUUGUGCCACCGCCUCACCAAUGUGUGCCCCACGUCCAAGCCCCAGACCCAAGGCCUUGCCAAGGAUGCCUGGGAAAUCCCCCGGGAAUCGCUGCGGCUGGAGGUCAAGCUGGGACAGGGCUGCUUCGGAGAAGUGUGGAUGGGGACCUGGAACGGCACCACCCGGGUGGCCAUCAAGACCCUGAAGCCUGGCACCAUGUCCCCGGAGGCCUUCCUGCAGGAAGCCCAGGUCAUGAAGAAGCUCCGGCAUGAGAAGCUGGUUCAGCUCUACGCCGUGGUUUCAGAGGAGCCCAUUUACAUUGUCACCGAGUACAUGAGCAAGGGGAGCCUCCUGGACUUCUUGAAGGGCGAGAUGGGCAAGUACCUGCGGCUUCCCCAGCUCGUGGAUAUGGCAGCUCAGAUCGCAUCUGGCAUGGCCUACGUGGAGAGGAUGAACUACGUCCACCGGGACCUCCGGGCGGCCAACAUCCUCGUGGGGGAGAACCUGGUGUGCAAAGUGGCUGACUUCGGCUUGGCGCGCCUCAUCGAGGACAACGAGUACACCGCUCGGCAAGGCGCGAAGUUCCCCAUCAAGUGGACGGCUCCCGAAGCUGCUCUGUACGGCAGGUUUACCAUCAAGUCGGACGUCUGGUCCUUUGGCAUCCUCUUGACCGAGCUGACCACCAAGGGCAGAGUGCCGUACCCAGGGAUGGUGAACCGGGAGGUGCUGGACCAGGUGGAGCGAGGGUACCGCAUGCCCUGCCCGCCCGAGUGCCCCGAGUCCCUGCACGACCUCAUGUGCCAGUGCUGGAGGAAGGACCCAGAGGAGCGACCCACCUUCGAGUACCUGCAGGCUUUCCUGGAGGACUACUUCACCUCGACAGAGCCCCAGUACCAGCCUGGCGAGAACCUAUAGACCCGGAGCUCCUGGCACCAGGGACGCUGCCCUCCUCGCCGCAGGGCACUGAAGGCUGGCCUCCCCGCCAAGGGGCCAUUUUUUUGUGGAGCAGCCCCAGAGCAGGAUGGGGCAUCAUCUCCAGAUGCGGCCAGGGGAGGUGCUGGGUCCUCCCAUCACUCAUUAAGACUUCUGGCCCACGUUUGACAAAGCGGCACCAUCCCGCUGGCGAGAGGAGCCUGUGGGCGCCAGCGGAGCCAGCUUGGGAGGGUGAGCGGGGCAUCUCCUGCCGAGAGACUUGACUUUCAGGAGACCUUUUCCCCCCACAGCAGCUCUGGGGUGAUCCCAGAGGAAUUGGGGGACAGCAUCACCCCACUUCGGACACCCAGCCCCAGUCUCCUGCACACCCUUUCUAAAUCAGCACAAGUUUCCCUGCCCCUUUGCCCCCCCCCCCCAUCCCCCUUGGCUCCAGUUCUCCCGAGGGCACUGGCAGAGAUGUUUCACCAUGGGGAAGGCACAAUCCCUGCCUGGUGGGGAUGGGGUGAUGUGCCAGGGCAGUGCUGGUGGCAGUGGAACCUGCCUGGUGGUCCCCCCUCCUCAGGCAUGCUUCAGCCUCGCUGGGUAGCAGGCACGGAGAGAUGACAUGUGGCUGCUCGUGACUCCGGUGACUGACACCAUGCCAUGGGAGCACCCGGGUGCACGUUUGAAUCUUCCAGCUACAUCUCUUCCCCCAAGGGACCCACCUCAUCUCUGCUGGGAGCAUCACCUGGAGGGAUGCUGGCAGAGCCCUCACCCUGCCUGAGCCAGCCCGGCCACCCCGGCUGCGCUUCCACCAAGCAUUCCUGGUCUUCCAGCCAGCCCCCUGGGAAGUGCACCACAGCCCACCCAGCCACCCUCCCUGGCUCUGCUGCCAGCUCUGCCACUGGCAGAGUCCCCGAAGCUGGCCCUUCUACCAAAUAAGGUGCCACCAUGGGGCAUGGGUGCAUGGCAUAUGUGGCUGUUCAGGGUGUGGGAGCAUUUUGGGGGAAACAGUCAUCUUUCACAGAUGCUUCUGUCCACCUGGUACAUUUUUAGCUGCCUUCCCUCCACCUCUUGCAUCUCAGCUGCUGGGCUGCAGUCCCCACGCACUGGAAGAAUCCCCAGCCAUGGGCCACCACCCUGGAAGAGAGUCCUGGGAAGUGCUGUGCCACACGGAAGACAUCUGCAUCCUCAUCUCCCCCCUGCUUGCUCUCGAAGGUCUCAGCUGUGUUUCGGUGGUGGGUGACUAGCCGUGCCCAGUUUUGCCCCCACACACCUCCUGUGGGGCUGAACCCCAGGGCCAGCGGGGGGGCACCCAGCGCCUGUGCUCUCCCACCCAGCACCUGCUUGUACAUAGCCCUUGGGUGGUUCCCACACCCACCAAAACGUUGACUUUGUUGCAUGUGUUGGUUUUUUUCCCCCUCCUGUGGCUGUACCCAGCUGGAAACCCUUUGCCCUGGUGGCUCAUGGGGCUUUGCUCCCUCACCUCUCGGGUCCCAGGCACCCUCACUCCAAAAGACCUGGGGGCUCUUUGGAUGCUCUCCUGGACCAGGGGUGGGAUGGGGGCUUGAGGGGAUGCUGCAGGGCAGGGGUGCUGGCAUGCACUGGUAGGAAGGACCUGGAGAGGGGAGCCAGUGGCUUCACCCAUCCGUCAGUCCUCAGGUGGUGGGAUUUUUUGCCUCCCCAUCACUUGUGGGAUGGGGUUUCCCUCCAGAACAGCCUCCUUGCAGGCAGUAGACCCCAAUCACCCCUCACCAGCUCCCACCACAGUGCUGGUGUCCCAUGAAAGCCAGGUGGGAGGCAAGCAUGGGCAGGGGAGCAGCCAAAACUCCCUCCCCCAAACCUCUGCUGGAGCAGAAGCUGGGCACACUGCUGCCUCCCGCUCGCUCCCAUCAGUCCCCAGCUGCUUACUUAGGAACCAAGUGCUGGCUUGGUUGGUUGGUGGCUUGUUUUUAACGAGUAAAACCUUGAAAAUCAGCCAGAAUGGCUUCUUGAGCAGUAUGGAGAGAUCCUGCUGGCUUGGAGAACAGCAACUAGUUUAAUGGUUGGGGUUUUUUUUAAAACAUUUUGGGACUUGGAGCCUUUCCUGCCGCCUUUCCUAGCAGAUUUGCUGUGCCUGCAUUUCUGUGUUUGGGCAGGGAUUCUCCAAACCUUGACGUUCUGGGUCUUCCCAUGUUUGCAUGCCUGGGACAGGUGGCUGCCGCGUCCCCAUCGGCACUGCUCGAGGAGCCCCAUCCCACAGCCGCCGGUCCAGGGGGUGGCCUGUGCCAUAGCUCUGCCUAAAUUACACAAAAUCCCCAUCCCCGGGAGAAACCCCUUAGAACUGUAACGUGCAGAAGCCAGGUUUGAUCUGAAAGCUGGGGAGAGAGAAGGCAAGUGCACAUGUUGAGGUUUGGUUGUCUGCAGCACAUACAGGGUCUUGCAUGAGUGCAGCAGGACGGGAAUGGGCUUAACCCAGCAGAUCCAUUUUCUGGCUCUUUCCAGCAAGCAGCAGAGCAGGAACACCCCAGGGUGGCUUAAUUCCCCAUGGCUUUUGGCAAGCUCUGAUGAAGGAGAUGGGCUGGGGACGUUUCGGGGCAGAGGACAGUAGAGCAAUCCCGGCGGAGCCCUGCCGCGCAGGGCAGGGUUGGUGUGGCUGCAUGUCCGUGUGUCCAUCCGUGUUUCGGUGCAGCGGUUUCAGUGGGACCCAGCAUCUCCAGACUUGCCGCUGCAGCUGGCACCGCCUGGAGGCCCUGGGGAUCGAGAGCCUCUCCUCCAUCACCAUUGUUGUCUGCCAAUUUAUUUUUUAAGCCAAUAAACUCCAGAAGGGAGCCCCCACCUAAGGAUGCUCUUUGGUUUCCCAGGGUCAGUAAUGCCCUACAAGUUAUUCUCCUCUGCUGUUAGUAUUUUUUUUAAACUGUUUUGUAAGAUCUCCAACCAACUAUGCAGAGAACAUGUGGAUCUGUGUCUCUCUCCCCAGCUCCCCUCUACCCUCACCUGCCUUCUUUGGUGUCUAAGUAAAAUAUUUAGCUUUUUUUUUUUUUUGGAUAAUAAUAAAAUUUUGGAAAAAAUACUGAAAAGGUCCAGCUUUGUGGGUGGUGGGGGGUGGAGAGGCUUUGAAACUCUAAUGUUGAUGUAAAUACUUUGCAAUUUGAUAAUUAAAUACAAACAGACCUCA